UUUCGCGUCUGCAAUAUUUGCAGCACUGCGGUGUGGCACCACACAAAGAAUUAAGAUAGAAGAGCGGACAUAAGCGAUCUAGGUAAAUAGCUAUCUCCAGACAUUCACAAAAUCUGCGACAUUUGAGACACGGGUUUGAAUGGCGGUCGGGGGCAAAACGAGAGUAUUACCGCCCCUCCCACCACCUUAAUAAUAUCAACUUCUCAUCUGGAAUCGACGCUGGUGAUUUCUGACAAAGUACAGCGGUAUCUAUAAGAAAAUCUGUGCGCCUGUUAGUGAAUGUUUACGCUGGAUAUUCGAGGACUUUUGUCACGUCACAUUACUCCCUUUUUCCUCGCCUCUGUUUGCACUGCGCCUGAAAAUGAAAAAUAGAAAAUAAUUAAUUAAUCUAAAACGUCGAGAAGAAGGAUUAAAUAGGAACAGGAAGGCUGUUUUUGCGUGUGCUCACGCGUUGUCAACCGGGACGGAUUCGGCUUGGGAAUGUAAUUAUCACCCCAGCGCCACACGUGAAAUAGACUGUUCUCAGAACGAAUCUUUUUUAUAUCCACCUUCAUGCGAACGCUGAAUACCGAAUAAAGAAGCGCCCUUCGGACAGCCAGCAAACCGCUGUAGCCCACAGAUGCCUGCCUCGUCUGCCAUUGAGAAUCGUGCACACACAGUAUUAGACACCCCAGGACUACUGUCGCACACAAGGGAAGCUUAUUCUUUAUGUUUGAUUGAUUUAUCCCCUCAUACUUAAAAUAAUUAUAUAGCCUACAUUUAUAGGCUACCUUUUUAUGUUCGGUUAAACUCGGAACUGGAAUCAUGCUGGAUUAUGAAGGAACGUCGCACAGAGAAUAUAACAUUACGCCUUUUGUGUCGCUUUAACUCAUAUUGACCAACAUCAAGCUAUCAACCAGUCAAUCAAUCGACUUGAUAUUGACCAAUAAACAAUGACCGGUUCUGGUUACUGCCGAAGAAGACAGAGCCGACUGUGGACUUGAAGAAUUACUUUGAGUGCAUAUUAAUAUUUUAUUAAUUAUUCAUAAUAGGGUACAUUUAUGCGAAAAUUCAUAUUUGAUUGUACUUUUGGUUUAUUGAUUGUUGCUGCUGAACAAAGAUUGUAGUGUAUCAGGGAUAUAAACGGAUUUCAGAAGGAAAACCCUUUUAUGUGGAGAAAAUCGACACUUCGACAUACUGACGGAGAAGGAGACAGAACGACUGAUCCUUUCUCAGCGCGAGGACAUGCGUCGGAAAGCAAACCUCUGAUAUUUCUGCUGCUCUAAAAAAAAAAAAAAAAAACAUUUGCAUGAAAGCAUCAACAAUAGAGCUGCGAUAUAAUAAUGGUAUUCUUAGAUGUACCCGCAAACUCAGCCUUGUGUUUUUAUGUAUAUUUUUAUUUGUUUAUCAACAUAAUUUUGGGUGACUCUGAGCGAUCUGACUAUGGGAAGCGCUCUUCAGUACAUUGUUGAAUCGAACCUGUCAUCGACAUACCAGUGAAACGGACUGCGGAAGAAAUAUUUUCUCAAGACAUUAUUAAUUUAUUAUGAUUAUGGUUUAGAGUCAUUACUAUCGCGCGUCUUAAAGGAAAGACCAUAAUCUUAAGAAGAAGGGAUGUCGCAUGCUAGCUUUUUAUUUUGUAUAUUCGUCUCUGGUGUAUUGAUGUGAGAGUUACCCUGCUAUGAGGGAAAUUUCGCCUUCGUUCUGGUCCUUUUUGACUGGGCGGAUUUUUCUCGCUUCACGCGCACGGGCUCGCGGGUCUGCCUGGAAGAUAUCAUCUUAUUAAUUUUUAAUCUUUAUGCAUCCGCGCAAAGAAGGAGCAAAAAGGAGCAAACAACGGAUAACCAGAGAGGGAGCGAGAAACGGAGGAACGCGGGAAUGAAUGAGAGCCACUGAGCAACGGAGGCCGGAGAUUGGAGGAAGCAAGGCACUCACUCAGAGAGAGGGCCCCGCCCCGCCCCACCCUGCCCCGCCCGCUGACCACGCCUAGUCCUCCACCUCGCACCCGAGCAUGGCGCUUUCCCUGUGGAUCCUGUGGACCUGUGCUGUCACCCUCAGCAACAUCGCCCCCUCUGCUCAAGCUCUGAGUCGGUCUGCGAUGCCGUUUGGUCUCAUGAGGCGGGAGCUGGCUUGCGAGGGCUACCCCAUCGAGCUGCGCUGUCCCGGCAGUGACGUCAUCAUGAUCGAGACGGCCAACUACGGUCGCACCGACGACAAGAUCUGUGACGCCGACCCCUUCCAGAUGGAGAACGUGCAGUGCUACCUGCCCGACGCCUUCAAGAUCAUGUCCCAGAGGUGUAACAAUCGCACGCAGUGUGUUGUGGUCGCAGGGUCUGACGUGUUCCCCGACCCUUGCCCUGGGACCUACAAGUAUCUGGAGAUCCAGUAUGAGUGUGUCCCCUACAAAGUGGAUCAAAAAGUCUUUGUCUGUCCCGGGACUCUCCUGCGGGUCCAGGCGGCCAGUUCAGUGCAGGAGGCGGAGCACCAGUCGGGGGCGUGGUGUAAGGACCCUCUGCAGUCGGGCGAUAGGCUGUAUGUCAUGCCCUGGACCCCCUACCGCACGGACAUGCUGUAUGAGUACGCCUCCUGGGAGGAGUUCCGCCAGAACCGCGCCACCACCACAUACAAGUUGCCAAACCGGGUGGACGGCACGGGGUUUGUGGUGUACGACGGCGCCGUGUUCUACAACAAGGAGCGCACGCGCAACAUCGUCAAGUACGACCUGCGCACGCGCAUCAAGAGCGGGGAGGCCAUCAUCGCCAACGCCAACUACCACGACACCUCGCCCUACCGCUGGGGCGGCAAGUCCGACAUCGACCUGGCUGUGGACGAGAACGGGCUGUGGGUCAUCUACGCCACUGAGUCCAACAACGGCAGGCUGGUGGUCAGCCAGGUGAACCCGUACACCCUGCGCUUCGAGGGAACUUGGGAAACCACCUUCGAUAAGCGGCUAGCGUCCAACGCCUUCAUGGCUUGCGGGGUGCUGUAUGCGGUGCGCUCUGUGUACCAGGAUGAUGACAGCGAGGCCGGGGGGGACCUGGUGCUGUACGCCUACAACACCAACCGCAACCGCGAAGAGCCCGUCCACAUCGCCUUUCCCAACCCCUACCAGUAUGUCUCCUCCAUCGACUACAACCCCAGAGACAACCAGCUCUACGUCUGGAAUAACUACAACGUGCUGCGCUACCCACUGGAGUUUGGACCCCCGGACCCCACAACAGAGCCUCUCACUACGACGCAGAUGACCAGCACCACGCCUGUCCGGAUUUUCACCCCCACUCUUCCCCGGAGCUCCAGCCCCUCCACGCCUCGCCCACUGCCCCCCACUUCUCACCCGAUUGGGGCCAUCAACAAGGGCCCGGACCUGCGCCCCAUCACCGCCACAGUCCCGGUCACCCGCCGGCCGCCCCGCCCGCCGCAGGGCCCUGAGCAGCACAUGUGUGAGAGCAGGGUGGCUCGAGGGGUCCAGUGGCCCCCUACCCAGCGGGGCGAGACUGUGGACCGACCCUGCCCCAAAGGCUCUCUGGGCAUCGCCUCCUUCCAGUGCCUCCCCAGCCCUGUCAUGUGGAAUCCUCGAGGGCCUGACCUCAGCAACUGCACCUCCCCCUGGGUCAACCAGGUGGCACAGAAGAUUAAGAGUGGGGAGAAUGCGGCGAACAUCGCGGGUGAGCUGGUGAACCACACGCGGGGGCGGAUCCACGCCGGUGAUGUCAGCUCGUCAGUGCGCCUCAUGGAGCAGCUGCUGGACAUCCUGGACGCUCAACUGCAGGCCCUGCGUCCCGGCAACAAGGAGUCCGCCGCCCGCAACUACAACAAGCUACAGAAGAGGGAGCGCACCUGCCGGUCUUACAUCCAGGCGGUGGUGCUGACAGUAGAUAAUCUCCUGCGGCCGGAGGCUCUGGAGUCCUGGCAGGACAUGAAUGGCACAGAGCAGGCCCACACGGCCACCAUGCUGCUGGAUGUGAUGGAAAAGGGAGCCUUCCUGCUGGCCAACAACCUGUACGACAACCGCUUCACCGACCGAGCCGACAACAUCGAUCUGGAGGUGUAUGUGUUGAACACAGAGAUGGACCUCCAGGACCUGUCCUUCCCCCAGUCCUACUCCAGCGACAGCACCAUCCAGCUCUCUGCCUCCACGGUCAAGCAGUACAGCCGCAACGGUCAAGUUAAGGUGGUCUUUGUCCUCUACAAGAACCUUGGCUCCUUCCUGUCCACAGAGAAUGCCACCAUCAAAAUGGAGGUGGAGCCAGGCUUGGGGGGCCGCGGCCUUGCCGUCAACUCGCACGUCAUCGCCGCCUCCAUCAACAAGGAGUCCAGCCGUGUGUUUCUGACCGAGCCUGUGGUCUUCACUCUGAGACAUUUGCAGCUUGAGAACCACUUCAGCCCAAACUGUUCUUUCUGGAACUACUCCGAGCGCUCCAUGACGGGACAGUGGUCUUCACAGGGCUGCCGUCUCCUGGAAACCAACCACACCCACACCACCUGCUCCUGUAGUCACCUCACCAACUUCGCUGUGCUGAUGGCCCACCAUGAGCCUGCAUACCCUGGUCGUAUGCACGAGCUGAUCCUGUUUGUGAUCACGUGGGUGGGGAUCGUUAUCUCUCUGGUGUGCCUGGCCAUCUGCAUCUCCACCUUCUGCUUCCUGCGUGGCUUGCAAACGGACCGCAACACCAUCCACAAGAACCUGUGCAUCAACCUCUUCAUCGCCGAGCUGCUCUUCCUCGUCGGCAUCGACAAGACGGAAUACCACAUUGCGUGUCCGAUAUUUGCCGGCCUCCUUCACUUCUUCUUCCUGGCAGCCUUCUCGUGGAUGUGUCUGGAGGGGGUGCAGCUGUACCUGAUGCUGGUGGAGGUGUUUGAGAGCGAGUAUUCCCGUAAGAAGUACUACUACCUGUGUGGAUACUGCUUCCCAGCACUGGUGGUGGGGAUUUCUGCCGCCAUCGACUACCGCAGCUAUGGCACCAAGAAAGCGUGCUGGCUGCGUGUGGAUAACUACUUCAUCUGGAGCUUCAUCGGUCCAGUCUCCUUCGUCAUCAUGCUUAACCUAGUGUUCCUCAUGAUCACCCUGCACAAGAUGAUCCGCAACUCCUCCGCCCUCAAACCCGACUCCAGUCGCCUUGACAACAUCAAGUCAUGGGCCUUGGGGGCCAUCACCCUACUCUUCCUCCUCGGCCUGACCUGGGCCUUUGGCCUCCUCUUCAUCAACGAGAACACGGUCAUCAUGGCGUACCUCUUCACUACCUUCAACGCCUUCCAGGGCAUGUUCAUCUUCAUCUUCCACUGCGCCCUGCAGAAGAAGGUUCAUAAGGAGUACAGUAAGUGCCUGCGGCACUCCUACUGCUGCAGUCGCACUUCCACCACCAGUUCCCACGGCUCGCUGAAGACCUCCGCCCUGCGGGCCAACAACCGCUAUUACACGGGCAGCCAGGCCCGUCAUGCGUCCGCCCACCGUCAGAGUCGUAUUCGCAGGAUGUGGAAUGAUACUGUACGCAAGCAGACUGAGUCUUCCUUCAUGGCCGGAGACAUGAACAACACCCCCACACUGAACCGUGCCACCAUGGGGAAUCACCUCUUGACAAAUCCAGUUCUGCAGACUCGCUCUGGCACAUCGCCCUACAAUACCCUCCUGGCCGAGACCUUCAACCCCCCCUCCCCCGGAGUCUUCAACUCCACCGGGACCUUCCGAGACCCAAAGAGCACUCUCUCCAAGGCGAGGGACACGUGUGGCAUGGAGACCCUCCCCCUGAACGGAAACUUCAACAACAGCUACUCCCUGCGCAGCGUGGGCGGCACCGUGGGUGGGGCCUGCGACUUCCUCGGGGGCGGGGUCGGAGGGACGGACAGCCCCCCUCCGCUGCUGAACCCGCGGGGGGCGGAGACCCUGGGCGGGGGCGGCGUGCGGCGGAACCUCUCGGACGCGGCCGCCUUCGAGAAGAUGAUCAUCUCCGAGCUGGUGCACAACAACCUGCGCGCGGGCGGGGCCGGGGCCGGGGCCGACAGGGCGGGCAGCCUGGCCCGGAGGGGCCGCGGGGCCGGCGGGCUGAGGGCCGGGGGGGCCGACCCGGGCGUGGAGGAGGACGAGGACUUCCUGGCGACGGAGACGCGGCCCCCGGCCCAGGACGUGGAGAUGCUGUACAAGGCUCUGGAGCAGCCCCUCCUCCUGCAGCGUGCCCAGUCCGUCCUGUACCACAGCGACCCCGACGAGUCCGAGAGCUACACCCCAGACCUCACCGAGAGCCUGGAGGCCGGGGCCGCGGCGGGGCCCAACUCUCCCGCGCGCGACUCCCUCUACACCAGCGUGACCAACCUGCGGGACUCGCCCUACCCCGACAGCAGCCCCGAGCCCCUGGAGGUGGUGCCACGCUCCGCCCAGCCCCCUGAGGAGCUGUACUACAGCUCUGGCCGCCCUGCCCUGGGCUCCCGCGGGGCCCCCAUGCAGACCUUCUACCAGGCCCCCGCCCGGCGCCCCAGCGGGGAGGCCUACCUGGGCCAGGGCGUGGCCGAGCCUCCGCUCAGCGAGGCCGACGGACAGAUGCAGCUGGUCACCAGCCUGUGACUAGGACGCUGGUGACCAUGGCGAUAAGGCUUAGGGUGAGGAUGACCUCGUGUUCGGCCAGCACACA